UUACUCAUAUUACAGAAAGCCUUCUACUUCCUCAUUUCUCUGGGUGAUAACAGAGACUUUUUGUAACACCAAGUUCCUAGAUGAGAAAAGGCUAGUAAGGAAUGAUUAUAAAAUGUAAAACAGAUGCACCUGGGAAGGACUGGAGUCACUGAUUUGCUAGCACACAGUGGCAGCACCAGGAAAGUUUCAUUAAUACACAGAAGUAAAGGUAAAUCAGUACAAGAAAAAGCUGCUCAGAUAUACAAGAAACUAAGAGGUAAAUGUUGAUCAUCAUUACUGAAGGCAAAUGUAAAAAUUAUUGCUCAGAAAUACAAAGACAUAACACAAGUAUAAAGGCAUACUUUGAGACAUACACUGAACAACUGUGAAGAGUUCUUACUCAUGGAAGGCAGGCUGCAGCGGUUUCUUGAACUGGUGGAACAUUUACAGAAUGAUACUAACCUGGAAGAUGUUUUUUCAGAAGAAUUUGCUGCAAUCAAAUCAGAGACUGCUACAUUUAGGCUCAGUACCCUCAUCUCUACAGACAGUGGAGGAACAAAGGAAAACGUCAAGAAGAAUCGGUACAAAGAUAUUCUACCAUAUGAUCAGACACGAGUGCAACUGUCUCUUCUGGUUGCGGAUGGAUAUUCAGAUUACAUCAAUGCAAACUUUAUUAAGGGUGUGAACAAUGAAAGAUGCUACAUUGCAACACAAGGUCCACUGAACAAAACAGUGACAGAUUUUUGGAGAAUGAUCUGGGAAUAUAAUGUAAAGGUGAUCAUUAUGGCUUGUCGGGAAGUGGAAAUGGGAAAGAGAAAAUGUGAAUGCUACUGGAGCUCUGAAGGAAAAACUUCUCAGUUUGGGCCCUUCUCUGUCACUAAUGUGAAGGAAGACAAAGGCAAUGAGGAAGUUAUUGUUCGGAAACUUGAAGCUACUUUUCAGAAUGAGACACGAAUUGUUUACCACUACCAGUAUAUAGCGUGGCCUGACCAUGGCAUUCCUGACUCUUAUGACUGCAUUUUAGAUAUGAUUGACUCAGUACGUGAACAGCAAGGACAAGAAACUUCACCUCUCUGUGUCCACUGCAGUGCGGGAUGCGGCAGAACAGGUGUCAUUUGUACAAUGGAUUAUGUCAAGCAGUUACUCCUUACAGAGAGUCUCAGUGAUGAUUUCAGCAUUUUCAACAUUAUAUUGGAAAUGAGAAGACAGAGACCAGCCAUUGUACAGACAAAGGAACAAUACGCAUUUGUGUACAACACUGUGGCUGAGAUGUUCCGAAGACAGUUACACCAAUUAAGUCAUGAUCAUGAUUAUGAAAAUGUAACAAAGAAUUCUGUUUCAUCGUAUGAGGAUGUGAAGAGUAACACAGAAGAACUACGACCCAAGGUUCCACAGGCAGCUCCCAGACGUUUUAACAGCACAGAGAAAAGCACUACAGAAAACUCAUCUGAGCCUUGCUAUUCUAAUACAAGUGCCCUCAUGAAUGACACCUAUGCUGUUGUCCGCAAACCCAAGGGCCAUCUUAAAUUGGAUAAUGUCACAACACAUUACAGUGGAGCUGCUGCUCUCUCUCCGGUACCACCAGAUCCCAAGCUAAAGCCCAGUCUCCAUCUGCAUUAUGAUAAUCUGCCUAUUGGCCAAACAACCCCAGUGACUCCUAAUGUGGAUGCUCUGUAUAGCAUCGUAAAGCCUAAGUCAAGACGCCCUCAAUCACCCAGCCAGAGCCUAUUGCCUGCUCCAACCAUUCCAUUACCAAAAGCAGAGGAGAACAUUUACAGUGGACAAGAUUCAAAUCAAGGGUAUGAUAAAUCCUACUCCCAAACAUCAUCACUGUUCACGGCAGUGCCUACUUACCCCACGGUCACUCCACCAGUUCUCCGAGCAAAAGAUCAAGAAUCAGACAAUCUGGAUUAUUCUCAUGUCUACGUACCUGGGCAAGGUGACUACUCAUCACCUGCUGUUAAAAGCUCUACCGCUGGAAGUAGUAAAGGAAAGCCGGUUCCACAGAAGAAAGGUCAGCUGGAUAUAGAUUAUGAAGAUGUAAGUGAGGUCACCUCUGGAGGAGGCACCCUCUCCAGAUUUUCACAAUUGAAUGGACUAGGUUUUAAUCAUCGCAUUGGGAAACCAAGAGGCCCACGAGAUCCACCACCAGAGUGGAGCUGUGCUGUGCGUUAAUUGUAUUUUGUUGCAGGAGGAAUUCAUUAAAAGAAGAGACAUACAAGAGACAUACCACUGGUGUGAUGUGUAUUAGAGAAACUUUCAAGAUACCCUGCUGCUGAAAUUGAACUGCAAAUUACUAUUUUCCAGACUUUAGGGCUUACAGUGAUUUAAACAGGAAAACCCCGUUUGUUUUGGAAUUCCUAAAAUGGACAAAGGAAAAUGCUGUGUAAAAGAAGAAUAAUUCAUGCUUAGAUGCCUAUAUUUACCAAAACAUAUUGUAGGAUGGUGCAGUGGAUAGCCUUCUGGUAUGGAUUGGGUCAAACAAGCAUAAUAACUUCAUCUCAGGGUUGGAUACUCUCUCUCUAUGUCCAUCUAUCUGUCUGACUUUGUGUGUGUAUGUAUAUAUAUAUAUAUA